AUGUCUGAUAGGCAAGGUGGUAAGCGCCGUAUUCUGGCCCGUAGCUGCGAGUUCUGUCGCAUACGAAAAGUCCGUUGCAGCGCACAGAAGCCAUCCUGUGCAUCUUGUCUGAAGCACGGGAAAGAAUGCGUCUACAUACAUCAAGCACCAAAGGCAAGGUACAGUCAUCAAUUGAGCCCUAACCUAGAAGACAGGCCUACACGGGCCAUGCUGGACGAUUUGCGAGCAGAAAAUGAGUACUUGAAAAGACAAAUCCGACAAAUCAAGGAAACGGGGCAGUUAGAGAAAUCUGACACCAAUAUUGAGCCAGCACAGACGGCUGAUGAGCGUCUGAAGUCGUGGCGUGAUCUUUGCGAGGAACGAUCAAGGGCCAGCACUCCCAACCACUCAUCCCCCUAUUUAUGGACUGAUGAGGGGGGAAAUGUAAAUGUAUUCGGUCCUUCUUCUGCUCUUCAGUCGUGUAUCAAACCAGAAGAGCACCAGGAUCCGGUAGCUUUGGUAUACGUGCGAAACGGACUUUUGGCCAACGCUGUUCUUUCGAGGCAACAAGAACAUCGCCUACGACUUUUGAGCUCGUUAGAUGGAGUGCCCAUAGAUCUUGCGAUUCAUCUACUCGACUUACACUGGAACCGGCAACAUCACACUUUUCUCUUGACAUAUCGCCCGGCAUUAAUGCGCGACAUCGCGCAGGGGGGUCGAUUCUCGUCCAAAUUUCUCCUCAACGCUAUAUUUGCCUGUGCGAGCAAAUUUUCUUGUCGAUUGGAAGUCUUGGACGACCCAACGGAUCCGAGUACCUCGGGAGGACGCUUCUUUAAACGUUGUGAUGAGCUGAUGUCCAGUGGCAACUUAUUACUAUCGCCCAGCUUACCAACAAUAGUUGGCCUUUUGCUCUUAGGGGGGACCUACAACGCCAAGGGAAUGACAACUAAAGCAUGGCUGCUGACAGGGGCUGCGUCGCGCAUGGUCUACGAUCUAGGGCUUCAUCUCAACCACAAAAUUACGCUGGAGAAUGCAGAGGAGGUUGAGAUCUAUCGGCGUGUGUUCUGGGGCGCUUUUAUUUGCGACAAGCUUCAGAGUCUGUAUCUUGGUCGCCCAGUUGCCAUCAGACCUCGCGAUGCCCAUGUAUCCCACGAGCUGAAUGACAUUAUGGAGGAGAAUGAGCCAUGGGCUCCAUAUGUCGACCCCGUUACUCCUAGCAGCUCUUCUCAGACGCCAAGCAUUCCCUACGGUCCUAUACACUCUGUCUCUUGUUUCCAACAGCUUUGCCUACUAUUCAAGAUCGUUUCACGUAUCAUAGAUAAUUUCUAUGUGGUUGGAGCGACCCCAGCCGAAGCCAUGGCGAGCUUGGAUGGUAUAGAUGCGGCGCUGAACAAGUGGGAAGCAAAUCUUCCCAGUCCUAUUCAGUUAGAUCCUUCAUCAGGAGCUUCUCUGAAUAGCCGUCGUGCGGUUCCUAACAUACUCGCAUUACACAUCAUCUAUAACGCAGUCAUAAUUCUUCUCCAUCGACCACUUCUUGCUGAGGGUCACUUGAAUCUACCAUCAGGAGCUCCCACUGCAUCUUGGAAGAGAUGCACCAUAGCUGCAAGGAAUAUCACAAAUAUUGCCCAAGAAUACAGGGCUAGAUACAGUCUACGAUCAGCUCCAUACCUCAUUAGCUACGGGGUUUACGUGGCUUGCACCAUCCACGUGCGAAAUGCAGCGGCAGUUGGAGGAAGGGAUAGUGAUCACUCGACUCUCUUAACGUGGAGCCUCAGAUGCUUAGAGGAGCUGUCGAUACCUAAUUCAGCAGUUUCGCGUCCCAUUAUAAUCAUCAAAAAAUUGAUGGAAGCAAAAGGGGUUGCAAUCUCGCCUGGAGACGAUGGAAUUGAUUGCCCAGACAUGGGACCAAAUGAUGCAGAUGCAUCGUUGCCUCAAGAGGCGGAUGUCGAAAAUCCUGGGUUUCCAUUGCCUCUUUCUGAUGAAUAUAUAGAAGGAGGAGACUGGGACUGGGGCAAUUGGAAUGGGUCUUUCAAUGAAGACGUUCUGUAUGGGUUCAUGGGCAGCCAGUCUCACUCUUUCGGUGACAUGCUGCCGGACAUGGUGGGCAUGAAUACCGAUAUACCUUCAGAUGAUGGUCAGCAUAUGUCGUAG